GCGGCGUGCGUGUUGUUGUGCGGCGGCGGCAAGAUGGCGGCGCACGGGGGCUCGGCGGCCUCCGCGGCGCUGAAAGGGUUAAUCCAGCAGUUCACCGCCAUCACGGGUGCCAGCGAAAGCGUGGGAAAACAUAUGCUUGAAGCAUGCAACAACAACCUGGAGAUGGCUGUCACCAUGUUUCUGGAUGGUGGAGGCAUAGCAGAGGAGCCCAGCACCAGUUCUGCAGCAGUGUCUGCAGUUCGACCACACACCGAGGAUGAAGUACGAGCUCCAAUUCCUCAAAAACAGGAAAUUUUAGUAGAGCCUGAGCCCUUGUUUGGAGCUCCUAAAAGACGCAGACCUGCGCGUUCAAUAUUUGAUGGCUUUCGGGAUUUUCAAACGGAAACCAUUCGACAGGAACAGGAACUACGAAAUGGAGGAGCAGUAGAUAAGAAACUCACUACCCUAGCAGACCUCUUCAGGCCUCCCAUUGAUCUGAUGCACAAAGGCAGCUUUGAGACGGCCAAGGAGUGUGGUCAGAUGCAGAACAAAUGGCUCAUGAUAAACAUUCAGAACGUGCAAGAUUUUGCGUGCCAGUGUCUGAACCGCGAUGUUUGGAGCAAUGAGGCUGUGAAGAACAUCAUCAGGGAACAUUUCAUUUUUUGGCAGGUCUAUCACGACAGUGAGGAGGGGCAGAGGUACAUACAGUUUUAUAAAUUAGCAGACUUCCCUUACGUCUCCAUCCUGGAUCCCAGGACAGGCCAGAAACUAGUGGAGUGGCACCAACUGGACGUGACGUCUUUCUUGGACCAAGUGACAGGGUUCCUGAGUGAGCACGGACAGCUGGAUGGGCAUUCUACCAACCCUCCCCAAAAAUGCUCCCGUUCGGAGAGCCUCAUUGAUGCCAGUGAGGACAGCCAGCUGGAAGCUGCUAUCAGAGCUUCGUUACAGGAAACACAUUUUGAUUCCUCACAGGCCAAGCAGGAGAGUCGAUCAGAUGAGGAAUCUGAGUCAGAGCUUUUUUCUGGAAGUGAAGAGUUUAUUUCUGUUUGUGGAUCUGAGGAGGAGGAGGAAUCGGAGAAUCCUGCCAAGUUGAGGAAGUCUCCACACAAGGACUUGGGGUAUAAAAAAGAGGAAAGCCGGAGGCCUCAGCCUGAGCCCCCUGCAAGGACUGAGCCUGGGACAACAUCUAAUCAUAGGGUACUGCCCUGCAUUGAUGCAGGGGUAGUGGAGGAGCCAGCUGACAAGCCUGAAAGUAUGUUGCAGGGCCUAGAUGUGAAUGGACCAAAGGCACAGCUGAUGCUAAGGUAUCCAGAUGGAAAGAGAGAACAAAUUUCACUGCCCGAACAAGCUAAACUUCUGGCUCUUGUGAAACAUGUCCAGUCAAAAGGAUACCCCAAUGAACGCUUUGAACUCCUCACCAACUUCCCUCGAAGGAAACUCUCUCACCUGGACUAUGAGAUCACAUUACAGGAGGCAGGCCUGUGUCCUCAAGAGACUGUCUUUGUGCAGGAAAGGAAUUAGCACCGUGGCCUGAGUUCUCCCAGCCUUCCUCCCCUCUCCUCUUUGCCUAGGACACCAACUCAUUGAUAUGCAGUUGAGGGUCAUAGGAUUGCAGUGCUAAAAUCAGGCAGGCAGCUGUCUGGCCCUUCUAUCUCUUCUUCCCUUCUGCUCUAGCGACAAUUGAGCGUGUUCAGAGUUCUGUUUUUGUUCUCAGCUUGGGCCCUGCAGAGAGCAUUGGGAAGAACAUCUUUCCUUUGUUUUCAUGGAGUAAAGUAGAACGAUGAUCUAUGUAUCCAGUGUGCUGGGACUUGGAGUGGCCAUAAUACACACACACUUCUCGCUGCUAUUCUUAAAUCAAUUUCACUUAAUUUAUAUUUGAAAAUACUGUGUGAUAUGGCACUGAGUCACCUCUCUGUAAGGAGAGAGUGUAAUCUUUAUUACAAUCUUUCCUUUGCUUUGAUUCUCUAUGUGAAAGGUCUCCAUUAACCUUACAGCGUUUUCACAUACCUUGCAGUCUGCUGAAACUUAUUUUGGAAAGGAGUUGAGGAGCUGUGGCAAGAUGCUCUGCCCCUACCUAAUAGGCUUCUAGGCUGCAUGCAUGCUUUCAUCAUCCUUUAAAUGCUGCCAGUGGACACGGGUUUUGUUGUUGUUUAUGAAAAAAGCAAGUAUCCCCCUCCCUCCAAAAAAAAAAAAAAAAAAAGACUUGAAGUUGUGUCUACUGUUGCUGCAGUACUGACUCCUUCCUGCAAGGAGGGGGAAAUUCCAUCUGUUUUUUCCCUUUUUUACUUGCUUUCAGGAUUUUACAACUGACAAUAGAAGGUGGCAUGAUUCAGUGAAAACCUUGGGAGUGUGGAAAACAUGGAGUAAACUUUACAAGUAGUUGGCUUUUUUCCCCCCUCCUUCUGUAUGUCACUGCUGCACCAGGGGUGACUAAUUUGUAAGUGGUUUUAGAGCACAGGCUGCAGUUAGGCAGGACAGCAAGUCCUAGGCAGGGUUCCUGUCGUUAAUUCAAAACAUAAAUAGCCUUGUCAAAACUGUGGAAGGAAUUAGUGCUUUAUAAAAGACUUUAUAGCCUGGUGGCAGCUCCAGGCUGCUUUUUAUUCUAUUGUAAUCUUAAUCUGCUGUCAUUUACCACUAAAUCUGGAAGGAUGUAUUGAAAACUACUCCUUUAUUUGUGUUUUCAUUUCAGCUAUGAAAACUGGCAGCAGAAUUCAUGCAGGCACAUCCUGUGUGUACAGUAAGUGCCCUGUUUUCCCAGUGUCUCACCUAGACAUUGAGCUGUUGGUCACCUGUUGGUAUGGUAUAGGUUACAGGAAACAAAAGUCAGUUAACACUGCCAUCUGUGUGAUGGAUGUUCAGUGUGUUUAUUUACAAUUAAGAAUCCAAUUCAGCAUUCUUCGUCAGGGAGGAAAAAGAAUACAAGUCCUUCUCUAACUGUUUCUAUAACAGAUGGUUAUGUGUGUGACUUCAGUGGUCAGAAGUUUUCUAUAGCCUGAAACUUUUCAGGAUAUUUUUGUGUUUAAUUUCAUACCAGCCUUUUGAGUCUUUAAAUAGAGAAAGCCACGGACAAUGUUUUGCAUUCCCCAUGAUAUAACAAUAUAGUUGUGUUCAUUCUCCUUCUGCAUUAACAUCUUUGCAUUCUACUGCAAGGUACAGUAUUAUGAAAACAGAAUCUGAUGGCAUUUUCCUGAUCAGUGAGUGAUGUGACAUCAGAUGCCGUUUUUGGUUUGUAAAGAGCUCCUUUUACAGGCUGUUUUGCAGCAUUAAAGGGUGAAUGACAAGGCCAGCAGAUGAGUGAUUGUUUGUGUUUGGCCUCUGGAGCAGCAGCAGCACUUCUAGACUGAAAGGUAUUCAUAGUACUUCUAAAAUAUCCAAAUUCUUGUCUCACGCCUAAGAGUAGGAGAGUAGGGCAGUAGGAAACCCUUUGUGUAUGAUACUUUCUUAGGUAAUUUCAGCUCUCCAGUUGAAAUAUCUUACAAUGAUGUUUGUUCCCUUGAAACUUGCUGCCUCUUCUUCAGUGGUUUGCUGCAAGAAAACAAAAGUGGGCUGUCAACAGGAAACAGUACCUGACAUCAGCAUGAUACCUUUUCUUGUCCUUCAGGCAGGCUGAGAUGGGAGCAUGUUGACUUUUCCUGCUCUCCUGCCAUUGCCUGCCUGUAUACAGCAGGGAGCUUUUGCACUCCACUUGUGUCUCUCAAGCUGUGACUGGCUGGCUGGAUCCUGGUACUGGCCAGGAUGGGGUUUGCAUCUGCUCUGAGCACAUUGUUCCACAUCAACUUUUCUAGUAGUGAAUUUAAACAUAGAAAAUUGACUCUGUUGUUUCAGUCCUAUGCCUGUUUCAUUGAUAGCUUCUCUUUUGACCCUUCUCCCUAGUUUUACUAAUGUACAUAGGCUUCAGCAAUUAGAUGUAAAAAAAAUAACUAAUGGCUGCAUCAGGGAAAGAGGGAAAACUGCAUUGCAGGCAGGAGCAUGAGCUUCAUUUCUGUUGCUGAAGACCAGUGUGGCCCUAUAUUAUGAGCUUUCCUUUCUGACCCCAUUUUCCAGAACUAGGAGCUGUGGAGCUGACACAGCUUUCUUUAAUCUAUGCUUAGCUGUAGGAUCAUGCUGUCAAAUCCAAAACAGGAAGUUCUGGUUUAGCAUCUCAUUGCUUUUGUUAUGCCAGGAGCAGCUCAAUCAUCUCGUGCAGAGGGAACCAAAAGUUGCACUUGGCUGUAGCAAGGUUUUUGCUGAUCCAUCAAGACUGAAAGUCUUUUGCUUCAUUUCCUGACUUCUUCUUUCUGUCUCUUGACUUUUUAUUAGCAAGUAGCAAUUCUUUUAUAACUGAUCAGGAAGUGAAGAAUGUUGAGAAAAAAGAAACUACAUUAAAAAUGGGAUUUUUCUUUCAUUUCGGAUAUGGAGUCAGAAUUAUUUUGUGACAGUUCCUAAUGGUUUGUUCUGCUCCGAGAAAUAAUGAGCUAAUUCCUUGUUGAGUUUGUUUCUCAGGCAUGCUGUGGUUUCUUUUGGUUUUCUUUUGCUUUGAUCUGUGAACUGGAGGCAGAGAGAAGAGGUCUUGAAGAGAUAAGUGUCCCUGUGCAUGCCUCUUCUCUCUUUUCAUUCUUUUCCCUUUUUUCCCCCUUAUUCCCACCCCAGUAAAAACAGAGCCACAGCUCACAUCACCCAGCUGUUCUCUGCUGAUGAAAGCUGUGAAGAAACAGCACCAGCCAGGGUACAGCUCCUCAGAUUUUCAUUCAAAGCUCUUCGGAGUUUGGAGAAACAUGUUUUGCUGGCCUGAAGAAUGUGGCUGAAUACAUUAUCCAAGCUAAGCAUGCAACAGCUUGUAGCUGGGAAGGUGUAAGCCACCUGGACUCAAUUUAGAAAGAGCCUUGGUCAUGGUUGCUUCUGAAUGUUAAGUUUGAAGCUCAAGUUACUUUUGACAAGGCUGGAAAAAACGCCUUAAAUUCCUAAUUUCAGAAUAAGUUGAAGUUGGAAGGACAAAGGAAAUCAUCCCUCAAGUGUCUGUGGUUUGUGGUUUGCAGUGUUGUUUGGCCACAGUUUAUAUGGCAGAGAACUGCCAUGAGCAGAGGUGCACUUAGACAGUAGAAGGCUUUGUUGAUAGGAAGCUAAAGAGCUAAUGUGCUUCAAGCUGCAGCUUCUAACUGCUUGCAAUGAAACCUUCUUUGCAUGUGUUCUUCAUCUAGCUUGUUUUUUUGUUUUGAUAUUUAAUGUCUAACUGGCUUAUUUUUACAGUCACAACCAGUAUUCAGAUACAGAGCACUACCAGCUGUACCUCACUUUCUUUGCCAGUUGCUGUCAGCACUUUUUUUUUUGGCUUCCCACUCACAGACCUCCAGAGGUCCAGGGAAGGAUUUUGGCUCUUCCUAGAGGUACCUGCUCUCAGCCAGGCUGACCAACCAGCUUCAACCCAUUUGCAUUCUCUCCUGGAGGAAAGAGGGCAUCUGAAGGCUGUGUCACAGGUUGCUGGAUGUGCCUGUGUUGUUUUCAUUUAGGCUUUCAACUAUGGUCUGUGAUUCUACAUUUCUGACAUUUAUGGACUGAAUAAUGUCAUGCUUCCUGGUGAAAAAUCUGAUAAGCUGACAACCUUGGUAUUGAAAGAAUGCAUGUGUGUAGUAGUUUUGUAAUACAGAGCUGUCUACAGAAAGGCAGCGAUUUUUAGACAUAAAUGGCCAUUUUGAUUAUGCAUCAGCUCACCAAAUUAACUAAUUAAUUAACUGAAUCAGUGUCAGUGCACAUGCUCCUCUGCACCAAGUCAUACCAGCUUUCACAUUUACAGGUGCUGUGGUUUGUAUGCAUGCUGCCAUCAGAAACUGGCAGCUGGUUUUAGCACUUAAUGAGUAAACCUCACUGCUGAUGGGUUCUCAAAUAGACUUCUUAGAAAACUUCCAUGCAGUUGUGUGCUUUGCUGUUUGACAUACUUUCUGACUAUUCAAAACUUCUUGCUUGAAGUACGUAUGAGUUAUGGGUGAUGAAGUAGAAAAGUUAAUCCUGAGAAUGGGGGCUUUCCUUUCUAGUUCUUUAAAGAAAAAGUCAUCUCCAUGCAGGAGUUCUUUGACCACAGCUGCUGUGCUGCAGAGGGCACGAUGCAUUGCUUGCAGCUCUUGCAGGCAGCACAUUACAGCUGGUUCUGAGAGCAGGCUCCUUAUCUGCUGGCUGGGAUGCUUUGUCCUGGCUCACUGAGUUUGUUCUUGCUGAGCUGGACCACUGAGUUGGGUUGGAAGAACUCAAGAGCAACAAGGGCUCCACCCCUUCUUGUGGGGCAGGAAAUCCCAGUGAAGCAUCCCUUCAGCUGCUUUUUGACAGGUGCUGAACGCUGCAACAAACAGGCAAAAUGCAUCUGAUGUUUUUCCAAACCAUGUGGGUUUCUGUUAUCUGUCUUUAUGUGGGGAAGUCCCUGUGGGUGGGAGGAUGAGUGUCAUUUAAGGAACUUGAAGUAACAGCUUGUUACUGCUUUUUUUCUUGUUGCAGCUCUAUCCUUGUUUAAUACCUUUUUAAUCAUGCUAGUAAUAAAGAAUAGCUCUGUAUGCCGAAGAGAGGAGAGGUAGCUGAAAUGGAGGUGGAGAGCAAAGUCUAUUGUGAAGAUUGGGUAUGCCUUGUCCAGUUGUUUUUCAACAGAAAUGAUUUUCUGUAGGUGUAGAUUUGUCUUAAAGACAGUGCAAAACUCACAUUGUGAGAUGUUGGCCAUCUCUGUUGGAAAUUCCUUCAGCUGCAUUUAGAGUCAGCCUAGAAACAUUUCAGUGAUGACUGUGAAGGUCUGCUAUAAGGUGACUGUAAGGUGAGCUGUAGCCUGUUGUUUUGUGAGGACAGCUUUGCAGGGGCUGAAAGCAGGAUCUCACUGCAUCCUGCUGCCUGCUCCCAAGCCUGAAGGUUAAUGGAUUCCCUUUCUGUGCUGUGCUGCAAGAUGACUUUUAAUCUCGUCUCCUCUUGCCCGUGAGGUGCUUAGUGUCUGUCCACUUCCCAUAAAUAUAGCCAUAUGUAUAUACAUGUAUAUACACACACAUAUUUGUAAUUGGAGGAUGUGGCACUUAACAUCAGUGCCCUGGCUUGCCUCAGUUCUAUCUUCUGUUUGCUACCGGUACAUUGUUAGUAGUCACAGAAGUUUGGGAUUUGGUCACUAUCUAAUUACUGUGUCUGCAUUACAAGGAAGAGCAAUUUUGUAUCUGCCUGCUAAAUGGUGCUGAGAUUUUAUGGAAUAGGAUAGCUAGAGGAAGGACAUGGAGCAGGGGGACGAGGUGCUAUUUUAUAGAACAGCUCUGGAUGAAACAGAUCUGUGUAGAGCAUGCCUCAGAGGCGUGGUGUCUAAUCAGAGACACCAGACUGUACGACAGAUGACUUUCUUAAUGAGGCUGUGUCCUCUCAUGGGUGAACUUACAGUUUCCAAAUUUGGGCUUCGCCUGCCGGUUUUUACACUAGUCACUUUUUCCUUCAAUGAUGCAACUUCAUGCUGGAGGAGGGAGAGAACUUAAUUUGGGUGUUUUCAGCUCACUGUGCUGGGAGGGACCAAACUCAAGGAAACCUCUGAUCUAUAUACACAACUGCUGCAUUUUUUAUAAAUAUAUGUAAAUGUCCUAUUGUAAUAUUUGAUCCUGGAAAUAAAACAAACUGUUUUCACUACCUUUCUUCAUUUCCUGAGAUUCUGUUUUGUUUGAUUUCGAACUAGAGUCUGUCCCUACAUUAUAUUGAGAGGUUUUGAGUUUUUCCUUUGCGGGGUAGAAGGAAAGGAAGAGCAGGACUUCUCUGUUUCUAUGUAUCUGACUGUUUAACCUGUUCAUACUCCCCAGAAAGCUUUGGAAUAGGGUAACUGUGUCAAUGCCAUGCUGAAGCCUUAAACAAGUGUUCCCUGUCACUCAUUUCAAGCAUGCACUCGAGAAAAGCGUAAAUGUGCUUGGCUUGGCGUGUCCAAACCCAAAGCUUUCUCAGGAGGGGAAGCUUCAGGAUGAGUGAGGAUGCCCUUUGGGAAGAUACCAGCAUCCGAAGGAAGCUGUUAGGCUAGCCAGCUCUCCAGGGCAGUGUUGGAGGAGACUUAGUCUUCUGUUUUUAGCUUGUGCUCCUCUCCUUGCUAUGGUAAAGAAGGAGCCAACUCCAGUGUCUGUGAGGGAGGCUUGCUUGUGCACUCCUACUGAUCUCUUCAAUCCAGCUUAAGAAAACAUUUCCCAUUCUGACCAAGUUGAAAAUACGAUUUUAUCACAGGCAGGGAGCUGUGGGAUAGAUCCAUAAGGUAUAUGUCACUUCCUUUUUUUCCCAUGUUUUUCCUUUCAGCCGAUCCAACUUUCAGCCUUGUGACUUGUAAUGGGAUUGGUUUAUCUCAUCUGAAGCAGUAAUUUUAUGAAAUACCUGAGGAAGUUAAAGCAAAUGCCAUAUUGUCCAGGUGCAGCAUGUUGGUGUUUCUUCAGUCUGGGUUCUAACCCCAAACUCAGCACAGGUCAGAAGAGGUCACUUUGGGCAGUGAACAUUCCUUCCUGUGGAUAAGUUUUAGUGGUGGAAACUGAGUUAUGGAUGCUACCAGGAGGAGCGGGAGAGACACUGAGUUGUGCUGAGCACAACUGGACGUGGUGGCUGAACCAUGGGCUGCAGAGAGCAUCGGGUGUGGUGGGAUAAAACAACCUGAACAGCUCAGAUCAGUGUUGGUCAGCAUCCUUGCAGCUGUGACCUGCUGUCAGAGAAGGAGUUGGCUUGAGGAUCUCACUGGGGCAGUAUCGCUAUUCAUGGAACUACACUUGCAGUAUCUUGGCUGGGUGACUUGGCAGAAAGUUAUCUGACUAAUUGCUGCGCUUACACUUUCAUAAUCGCGUCCUUAAGCUAAGGAGGGAGUCGUGCUCGUGAGGCUGCUCCAUUCUGUGCUAAAAUUAGCUCUUUUUUUUUUAACUAUUAUUAGAGAAUUGUGCUGGAGUGGCGGUAAGGAUCAGCAUUCUUGGGAUAAAGAUCCGUUUGACGUCUCAUGAGGUGUGAUUGACCAUCGUGUGUGGGAAGCUUGUUGCCGUGACGUACAGGACAUGAGAUGAAAUUGCAACACAUUUUCUUCCUGUAAAGUGGAAAAUGCUUCCUCUCAAUGUAAAAUGUAGAGAAAGGAGAAAAGGAAUUAUUCCCUGCUGUCAGGUAUCCUACGUGAGAAUGCUUACUCCUUACUGCCGUGUGGAGCCUGAGGGCUACAGCUCCAUUUUCUGUUUCUCUGGUGGCACGGUGUACUUCAGGCAGGUUUUAUAGUCUCAGUGUCCCUGUCCAAGUUGGUCUGAAAGCAGAAAAAGCCGUUUGGAACCAAGUUGGGCAAUACCACUUGCACGCAUUACUCCAGGUAGAACAAGUUGGGCGAUAUACCAUGUAUAAUGUCUUGGAGCAGCACUGUACCUGUGGCACUUCCAAAUGUUUGCUAUCCAGAAAUGACCUCUGCAGUAAUGGCAGCAGCCAGCCGAGGUCUUGGGAGUCAUCUUCUUCUCUGAAACACCUCAUGAGAUACAGCUGCAUCUGCUGCAGCCUCUGACACGCUGCCUCACUGUGAUGAGUCACCACCAUCUUGCUUAAAAAUGAAUCCCUGCAAGCAACAAGGCACCGUUGCACUGUGCAUCCAUGUGGCAUGGGUUGAGGUGAACAGCCAGGCCCUACAAGAGCAUCCUGCAACUGAGCAGCAGUGCAUUGCUGGCAUUCUUCACUGGCUAAGGA